AUGUCGAGUGCAGAUGCCCCUGUCGAGAGGGCACCCGUCGGGGUGUCAUACCUGGCCGGGUUUAUUUUCCUUUCCUACGUGGUCAGCAUGAUGGGAUGCACGACGACAUUAGAACUCCUCCAUCGAAGGACGGCAAGAGCGGGUUUGUACAAUUGGUACCUAUUGCUCACCUCCUCGAUAGCCAUGGGAGGUGUUGGUAUUUGGUGUAUGCAUUUCAUUGGGAACCGAGCGAUCGUUCUUGGCAAUGGGGAAUCAGACCUCCAGAUUAUGUAUAGCAUGACUUUCACAGGCGUCUCAUUCGUCUUGCCGGUGGUUGUUCUCCUCGCCGCUUUCUACGCUAUUGGCACAAGUGAGAAAGCAGGGUAUCUCCGAAUCAUAGCGGGAGGUGUGCUGACUGGCUCAUCGGUCUGCGGUAUGCAUUAUAUUGGACAGCUGGGGAUUGCUAACUAUCAAUGCUCCUACCGAGCUGCCAAUGUAGCUGGCUCGGCCGUCAUCGCCGUCUUCGCUAGUACUACCGCUUUGAGUAUAUUUUUUCGAUGGAGAGCUACCUGGACGGAUAGCUGGUGGAGACGAGGUAUCUGUGGCUGCUUGCUUGCUGCAGCUGUUUCUGGUAUGCACUGGACGGCUGCGGUGGGAACGUCGUACCGAAAUCAUGACCAGUCUGUCCAAAAGGGUGGCCAACUCUCUCGCACCCAGACUGUGAUUAUCUGUGCUGUCUUGGCAUGCGUUGCUUGUGGUGUACUGUCCGCAUGUGCCAUAGUCGCUGGUGGCCACCGCAGGAAACUCAGAGCACAAGCCCAACAGCUGGUCUUGACCUGUGCUUUCUUCGACCCUGAAGGUCGGAUCAUGGUCACACCGCAUGCAUUACUUCCAAGCCGGAAGAUCGUUGACCGGUACAUUGGCAGGACAUUUAACGAGGAUGAUCUUACACGGACGCACCCUGCUUUCCUCUGGGCUGUUCGAGCGAGUAGAAACUGGAAACUAGUGAGAGACGCGGUGCCCGUCAUGAGAGGCCGGAUAGAGUCAGACGAAGCCACAUUGGCGCAUUACAUCUCCAAGGGAGUUGUCUCAGACCAAGAGACUGAAUUGCAGCCACAUUUCGAUGACCUAUUCAAACGCCACUUUUGUGUGACCGCCCAAGACCUAGCCGAUGAAGUUCGCCAGCCGUUACAGGAUAUGGGAAUGCUGUAUGACCACGUUUUGUCGACCUCUACUCCAUCGUCGCGCUUCUCUCGUGCGAUGGGGUACUCGAGGAUACGCGCAGGAAAAGGUCAACUCUUGUUCACAGUGCGUCAAUUGAAGAAAAACGAAGCUAGCCGUAUGGCAGCAGCAGGUUUCCGAUUUACAACCAUCGAAAACGUUACAACGAUCCUGUCUCGCCGGAUUCACGUUCCCGCCUUAAGCUUGGGAACCCAUCUCAAAGACAUGAGAGAUUACGCGUCAUCGAACCGUGUAUUCGAACCUGGAGUCCAUCUUAUCUCGUUUAUCAUGCGCCCUACGGUCCAUGACCAUUUCGAAGUGUUGACUGCGAAGGGUACCGGCAACCCCUUACCAUCAUCAACUUUAUCGACUAAACGCCUCCAAAUUAAACAUCUGGAAAUGAUAGCACACAUGGAAGGGUGGACCAUGUCAACUUGUCUAAAUUGGUUGAAAUCGGACUAUGCGCGAGCCUAUAAGGAUAUUGACGAGUUCCGUGAGCAGCUAAUCCAGGCCAUAACGAAUCUUUCCUCCUCUCUUCCGCCCGAUGUCAACCUAGCAUCUAAAUUCUCCGCCCGUCCCCUCAUCGCCCCCUGCCGUAUCAAUAGGAUUUCAGAUGGACAGAAUUGCAUCCUCCUGCCGUUCUGUGUGGUAGGAUCCCUAGACACGCAAAUCUCGAAUCCAGACUACUCCUUUACUCCUCUCCGUCUUUUCCGCGUACAGCAGCAGACGAACGACGGCCUCAGCGAGAGUGACGGAUUCGCUAAAGAACUCAGCGAAGAGCUUAUAUACUCAAAGGCCCGGCCAACCUCAUCCACUGACUCCGACGUUCCUGACUCCAUUCGCUCCAAAAUUCGCUUCUGGAACCCCCGCAAACUGCCCGAUUCAAUGCUCAAAACUGACUCCCAAGAGUCUCUCUCCGAGAACAAUCUCGCCCCUGAGAUCAUGGUCCGCAAAGAAGUCAAAGUGGAUGUCGCUAAGUUGGCCGAACCGACCUUUGAACCCUCACUGGGAAGUCAUGCUUCGCAGACGACUGUUGUGGCCGGUGAAAUGGCUUUCAACACGUAUGUCGACGAACUGUAUAACCUCUGCUAUUCUCCCGGUGUUCGACUUCGACCAGAUCCGGCAUUCAAUCGGAUGUCCAUUCGUUGA